GUUUGUAACAAUGAAAGUGGAACGUCGUACCGCAUCUAAGUUGAAGAGACAAAGUAUGCUAGAUCACAUGAAAGUAGACUCGCUAUAAUCUAUCCUACCUACUUGGUCGCCGAUUUGAAUUUGUUCAGAGUCGAGUUCUAGUCACCUGAAACCCAUAAAACACGCUUGAAGAAGAAUGGUGAUGCUGACAGCUGAGCUCUCUUCAGCUCAGCUUCCGUAAUUAACGCGUCACGUUCGCAACAACAAAAUCACCUGCCACAGCACAUCCGGGAAACGAUUGUGAAAGAGUCAAAUAAGAGGUUACUUAUUAUGCCACCUUUUCACAUGGCACGAUCUCGGGCUGCCGACGAUGCAAACGAUUCAUACCCCAAUCGUCGACAUAUAGGCAUUGGUGAUCGAAAUCAGGCUCGCUACGUACCUCCGCCACCCCCGCCACCCAUGGUCCGCCAGUCUGGCUAUGGAUAUGACGAGUAUGGCGUGGAUGGUCGGCGUGGGAACCGCUCUGCGGCCAAUAUGUGGGUCAACACACAAGGCGACGAAACGAAGAUUACAAUCGAGACAUGUCGACCGCAGCACCGGUCAGGAGGGAAUCAUAAGUAUGAAUAUGAUGUUUCACUCACCCGAGAGAGGCCCACUAUACAAAGAGUGCUACGUCCAGGGACAUGGGACGAGGGAGAUUCUCCACUUCGCAGAUAUGACGACGACCUAUCUAUUCGAGAAAGUCCCAUUACGCGGAGGGUUAGACCUGCCUGGGAUGAACCGGAUCAGGUAUAUCGUCAACGAAGUAGGCCUGAUCGUAGAAGGACGGACGAUGAUGGACCAGCAAGUCGCCCUACUCCAGGGCAAGGGUCAGAGGAUCUGGAACGACCACACAGUGCGCCCGCAUCAGAUAGCCCAUACGCGGGCGCAGAACCAGGAAAAACGCAGCCUUACUCCGAGCGUAUCGAUCUUCCCGCUGGUGCAAGCGUCAAUGGAUCUGAUGUAGACGCCCCAGUCCGUGUCGAAGAACCAGAAACCAUCGAAGUGCAGCGCCGUCGUGACAGCCGACGUCGACAAGUGUACUUCUCAGACUCGGAUGAAGACGCUUCGAGCUUCAAUGACUUCAGGCUCCAAGGUCAGCUGGGUCAAAGGGAUCAAGAGAAAGAAGUAGACGGGUUUGAUGCGACUUCUAGACCUGGCGUCGAUAGGCCUGUUGCAGACCCCUUGGAUCGAAUGAAUAUCACAAACAAAGAAGUCAUAUAUUCCUCAUUCACAGACUCCAGUGAGGACAGUGGAGAACUCACUGUGGCUUUGACCACGAGGCCGGAGACUGCAAGAAGACCCUCACUACAAAAUGAGCCUCUCUACCGUUGGAUCCACCUCGAAGGCACAUACAUGGACUUUGACGCGUUCAUGGAUGCUGCAUGCGGUGCUCCUGAGAUGUCCUCCAGGGACAAACAUACCAUGGCAAAAGUUCUCAAACGUAUACGCAGACAAGCAGAGAAGCCCCUUCGCACAACUCAAGGAAAUCGAGGUCGCUAUAUGGUACCAACCCUUCUCCGGGAGUGCAAUCUCAGUAACGUGAAAUCCGAUGGGCGGUUAGAUCCUGACCAGAUCGUAACCUGUAUUGCUCUGCCUUAUUUCCUAUUGAAACCCUACACAGCCAUCGAACUCCCGGAGAGAUCGCCAUUGCAUCCACCACGGACUUUGAUGCAGUUCCUGCACGGCUCUGCGAGGAGAGAGCGAGACUUGCAGCAAGCAGUUUGUCAGAUUCCGAGCACUCCAAAGGGCCAAUGCUUUCAUGUUGCAGAGUUUUGGAUCCUUGUGUUGAACAAUUCUUUGGUUGUUACAGCUGCAAAUAUUCCACAAAGAACGGUUGAUAAGCAGAAUAUUCUGCUCACGAAUAAACCUUCAGAUCAGAUGUCGCACAUUGUUGUCGCUGACUCCGCUGGAUCACGUUGGCAGAUACCAAAGGACAGGAGUCAGACGUGGCUGGCUUUUACUUCUCACUUCCUGUCAGAAAUGAUAUCGACAGAUCCUAUGACCCGUGAAACUGCGGAUAGUCUCUUCAAGAUCUCCUUUCGCAACGAGCAGGUAACAGCCAAGACGUGGCCUCAAACUUUGGCUGCAGUGGAACAUAGUAAUGCGAGCCUUGAAAUAUCCUUCGAGGGAACGGGAUAUGUUUGGAGAGCACAACUCGAGACCUCGGAGCUCCAUUUACCAGAUCUCGAUAUUUUGAACAAGGCCACUACAGACAGUCAGACACCAUCACAGGACACAGCUGUCUCUAUCUCUCGUGGUGACGAGCCUGAAGGUAAUACGUAUCCGGACGCGGGCGUCGUUCCACGCGGUUCCAACCAAGACCUAAAGGACACCACCUCGAAGGAGGACAAGACAGCUCAUGCUGCACAGCAGUUCCAGGUCUUUUCAUGGGCAGUUGGCGACCGAGGGGUGAGCGUUGUCUCAGAUAACAACAGAGGAGAUAUAACUACUUCGACUCUCGGACAGCCACUUAAGGAGACGACCAAGAAAUUCAUCAGCAAAAUCGAAACCGCUAUGCUCGAAGUCCAUGCGUACCUCCUCAGUGCAACGAGCGCUUAUGAGAAAAAUGUCUAUCAAAAAGCUACUGAACUUUCCUGGGAUAGCAUUUCUGAAACAUACUACAGCGCACUGAAACUCAGAGAUGAAGAUAACGGUAUAGCAUGGUACAUGCACUCUGCGAAGGUGAUUUACGACUUCUUCCUACCGCAAAAAGUAGAUUCCAUCCUCUCGAGGAAGUACUGGGGUGGUGUAUGGUACUCUAUAAAUCAUCGUCGCAACCAGAUCUCAGGCUCCGACACGGAGCUUCGUGCAAUCGUCCAACUCAUGCAGUACAUCAAUGCCCAGCUGAUUGAUGGGAUUUCCACCUCUAUCAAUAUGCCAGAGGAGUUCGAACGAGCCUUCCUUCAUAUAAUCAUGUACUUGAGUGUGGUACAAGCGGACGGGACAAGAAGUACCAUACGCAGAGCCAAGUCACACCUAGACAAAAGCCAGUCUAUGCUGAAGCGCGGCUGGGUCAAACUCCUGAAGUCGCUCGCUGGCGCAUCCCUCUCAUCCAAAGCCAUAGCCGGACCUGAUACCAUCAUGUCCAUGCUCGUCCGCAAUCUCACCAUGGACAUAACCCGUGAACACCCCGACCUUUCCGCCACCUACGAGGAGUAUUUCCAGCAGAUUGAAUUUGACCUCCAGGCCCGCCCCUUAAAGCGCUCACACCAAGGCAAGCUGACCGCGCUAAAACAAGAAAUCGAAGCAAUCACAAAAACCCUCGACCAGCAGCGCCAAGUCCUCUCCGACCUGCUGCAAGCAUUUACAAGCACAACCCGUAUGCUCGGCGCCCGCCCCGAGCGCGUCGGCGGCGGCAGCGGACGUCGUGGCUACGCCGGCGCAUUUCCCAACACCCACGGCCUACACUACAACUCCACCCCAGGCUCCCGCGACGCACAGAUCAUCAGUGACGCACUCGCCUGGGUCGAGUACCGCAAGGACCAAUUCGCCGAGAUGGACGCGCGCGCCAGCGAGCUCGAGGCCUGGAACCUGCGGCAGAUCGACAGCAACAAGGACCGGCAGGAAGCGGCCAUCUACGCCUUCACCAUCGUGACCAUCAUCUUCCUGCCCUUGUCGUUUGUGGCGGGCUUUCUGGGCAUGAAUACGACGGACGUGCGCGACAUGGAGCUGAGUCAAUGGGUGUUUUGGGCGGCGGGCGUGCCGUUGACGGUGGUGAUUAUCCUGAUUUCGCUGCUUUGGGCGGGCGAGAUUACGAAUACGUGGGAUGGGCUCAAGGGGAUGUGGGCUGGGGUCCGGGGCGUGAGAGGGGAGAGCAGUGGUGGGGUUGGGGGUGGAGCGGUUGAGGGGUUUGGGUUGGAUGCGGAUCUGAUUUCGUCCGGGGCAGAUGAGAGGAAGGAUAGCGGUAUUCGGAGGAGACGGGGUUUGUUUGGGUCUGGAAGGCCGGCAGAUGGAGGCUCUAGCUGGAGAGAUGGAUGGCAGAAGAGGAGACGUCGCGGAUAUAGCUCUGAAAGCUCGGACAGGAGGUCGCAACGACGGGUAGUCAGCCGCUCCAGAUCCAGGCCCAGGCCGAGGGCAAGGGAUAGGGAUAACUCCAGGGAAAGAGAAAGAGAAGGGCCCAGGAACGGCGACAGCGAUAGUGACUAGUUGGUGUCGAAUCACAAUGCCGCCGCUGGUGUAAAUGCGCGUAGGUAGUAGAGUGCAAAAGGAGGGGAGGCAGACAUCUCAGAUUUGGAACUUACAGCAGAGUAGAGGGUGGUAGAUUUUCUCAGCGGUGUCUUUAUACUUGUUGUACAAGAUAAGAUAUGUUUGUGUCCGUCUAUUAUACACUAUCUAGAGUCUGGGAAGACAUGUCAAGGAGGUAUAAGAAAGAUAUGACAGCGGGAAGCUCUUUUCUUCUCAUGUUCCAGACUUACUUUUU